AUGGUUUUUGAUGGUGCGCCACCAAUUAUCAAUAAUUCAAGGCACACUGGGACAAGAUUCAAGCAUAAAUCGAGACCAAAUGGAGACAAUAAAGCCAAUCAAUCACAUGUUCGGGCCAUGGAAAUCAAGAUUGAUUCGAGCCAAGUUAAUCAUUCAAGUUUGGAAGUCAACAAGAUGCAAAAACUAGGCCUAAAGUCAAGAUAUCCGUGGGACAUGGGCAAGGGAACAAGAUGGAAGAGGCAUGCCUCCGUAUUAACUGGUGAUUAUCCACUGUCCAUGAGAAAUAAUAUAAGAGGAAAACGUCUUCCCAAAUAUAAAUCAAAGGAGGAGUUGGCGCUAGUGAAAGGAACCUGUGAUUUCUUAGGCAUAAAUUAUUACACGACUUAUUAUGCCAAAAUUAUACGUAGAAAGACUAAUUCACCAUCCCAUUAUGACGAUGAUCUGCAUGUUGAAUAUCACAAUAAGUACAAUUCAGUUAUAUUCUUUUAUCUCAUCGUCAUGGGAAGCCGAUUGGUCAGCAGGCUGGUUGGCCAUGGCUGGUUGGAUGAACUCAACAGUAAGGCCUUAACGAUUUCAAAGGCUCGUGUUGAUGAAACUAGGAUUUAUCAUGGUUUACGUGUGAAGGGUUACUUCAUAUGGUCACUGAUUGAUAAUAUUGAAUGGGCCAAAGAGUGCAAUGUUAGAUUUGGCAUUUUUUAUGUAGACUUCUUGAAUGAACAUUCGACUAAAUUCCCUAAAAGAUCAGCCAUGUGGAGGAUGAAUUUCCUGAAAAAGCCUAAGAAGACUGGACCUCUUCCAAGAAUUUUGUCGUCUUCAGGAUGUUGA